AUGAGCCUAAAUAAGCGCGCUGUGAGUGCGCAAGAUGUGUGGCGCAGUGAACGAGAAGGUACAGGCCUUUCCCGUGUCUCGUCCGAAUACGAUGCCAUCCCUACCGAUGUCCAAGCGCGGCUGCAAAGCAUGAGCUGGCGCAUUCGAUCUAACGUGAACCGCGGCUACCAGCCUGGUACAGGCCCGCACUUUCGCAAUGCCUUGCAAACAGAGACAUUCCGCUCAUCACAAGAUACGCUCUCUGACGUGAAGAAAAACUAUACGCAAUGGGGCCGCACAGCCAGCGUCCCCAAUGGCGCCUUACGUGGUCACGUAGCUACGUCGAUGCCGCCGCCCGCGGCAGCGCCUAGCAUGAUAUCGCGUUGGUCGUCGGACACCGAUACAGUAAAUACGUCGUUCGAUACAACUGCGUCCUCCCUCAACUUGAAACGCGGUAUGGCGGAAGAAGAUAGCGACGCGAUCUUAGCAGGGGCGUUUGAGGACGACGACGGUGAUAACGCACCGCCCAUGCUGGACGAUGCCUGGGCGACGCGGCCCGUUCGACCCCUCCCUGCGCGCCAAGGUCUUCGGCCUACAAUGUCGAUGCCACCGAUGCACAGCCUUGACCAUAUGCAAGUUGCCAUGCCAGGUCCGACGGUGGAAAUGGAAGAGGCUACGGAGGGCGCAGAGCCUUUCCGACGCAUUGACUUUUCUUCGUUUGCGUCGCAAACCGACGGCUUUUGA